CACAAUUCUCCAAUGUAUUCCGAGUUCCAUUGAAUCAAAAACGCACAGACAUAUUUCCCUCUCUGAACAACACACAUCAAAUUUUAUCGCUUAGUUCAUAAAGAGGUCACCAAUUUUCUAAAUAAGAUGUUUAUUUUCGUAUCUAGUUCUGAACAGUGUUGAAAACGUCUGUUUUUAUCUCCGGUACAUUGAUGAAUGAGCGUAAUUAUUUUAUCUGGCAUUUCUCAUGGGUAUACCGCACUCUUUAGGAUUUCAAACCUAGGAUAGUUGAUCCUACCUAUCAGUAUUAUGAUGCAAGACUAGUAAGCUGUAUACUGGGACAACACACUCGUGAGCAAUGGAUGCUGAUAGCAGUUAUGGAGGCAGCGAUACAGCUCAAGACUCAACCUGUGGAAACGACAAUAACUCACUGGAGAACUCCACGAUAACAUCACAUAACACAUCACAUCCGACAAGUCAUUCGGUAACAAGCAUCACUGUAAAUAGCGAAGAGAACCCAUACUACAACAAAAACGAAAUCACACUACCUGUAAACAGAGAUGAGACAGAUUUUAAGAGUGAGGACAGCCCCAAACUGCCUCACUAUCUAUCCACUGCCAAUCUGAACAUAAACGAGACCUUAGAACAUCACAGUAACUUAGAAGCGAUGAGCAAGCAAUACAGGAGUACGAGUUAUCUGAACGCUGAAACGCCACCAAGUCAUCGAAAGUCUGGCUUGGAUAAUCCAGCCUUCGAUGAUGAGGAGGAGGCUAAGGACAAGCAGAGCAUCAAGUCCUCGUUCGACCAAAGCAAACCUUAUAACGGAGAUUUAAACUCAUCGGUGAACUCCAUGAGCCUCAAUGAAGAACCCCUAACCGAAGCUGUAAAUUUGGAACUUGUGAACAUGAAACCGUCAGGGAAAGACAUCACAGGGCCGUACGAAAAUGGUACCAACGGUAUGACCACGAUACCCUUGAAACCGGACGCUGACGUAGAGAUGGGCAACCCAUACGAUGAAUAUUUUGUUCCUGUGAACGAGCAUAAAAAAUUUAUGAGUAAAUUCAGCAGAUCUCGGAACAGCGUUACGUUUGCCGAGUCUUUAGCCAGUUCAUCCGGAUACGAAAACGAAGAAAAUGGUACUGGAGUUGUGAACUAUCCAGAGUGGAUCAUGUCCCAACAUCCACGGGGGGAGAAAUUAUACGUUACCAUGGACAAGAGGAAUGUGAAGAAGAAGAGCAGGUGUCUUUGUUGGGGCGUGUGCAUCUGUGUCGUUCUGGCAGCUUUAGUCUUAGGAAUUUUGGCAGCAGUGGGAGUUAUAGGAACCGCGCCCGUUCAAGAAGUAAGUUCAAGGCAGUUCGGUGGAUCCACACCAGUAGUCAAGAAAGGAGUGAUAUUCGGUCUUCCUACGGGAGAAACCGAAAAUUCUUCAAUGUCACCUGAUAAUGCAUCACCCAGGUACACACCUGGUCCACCAAUCAGCGCAGCCCCUUAUCCACUAACAACGGAAAUGUCCGAAAUAUCAGUUCCUCAAGCCUUAGAAUCUCAAAUAAGAAUAGACAACCUUGAAUUCGACCCUGAAUAUUCAGACAAGAGCAGCUCCAAAUUCAAGGAUCUGGCAUCUACGUUAGAAGAAGAACUCAAAAACACAAUAUUCACCAACGAUGAGUUGAACUAUGGACCUGCAGAUAUAGAAGUCAAAGUUAUUGAUUUCAUUGAAGGAAGCGUUAUUGCAAGAUACCGUAUUGUAUGGAAAUUCAAGGAGGGUUUACAUAACACCAAAGAUCCAGUAGACAUUUCAACAGUGGAUAAAAGAAUGAUGAAAAGUAUGGAAACAAAUGGGGGAAAUUUAGGAUACUUCCACAUUGAUGAAGAAUCUUCUAUGAAUAGAACAACAAGGGUUCUGGACUCCUGUAAAAUACAAAACUUCGGUUGUGAACAUGAAUGUAAAUUCGAUUAUGAUACAGCUGAAUUUACAUGUAUUUGCCCUGAAGGAAAAGUACUCAUGGAGAAUGGCAAGAAUUGUGCUGAUGAGUCAGUUUCAGAGCCGAAACCAGAACCAGAAGCGGAACCAACACCAGAACCAAAUCCACAAUGGUAUGACCAUGAAAAUAGGCAUGACACCGAGGCAACACCUGAAGCUCAUGCAGACGCAGAACCUAGUUCCGAACCAGAACCUAGUUCUGAGCCAGAACCUACUUCUGAACCAGUGUCUGUAUCGAAGCAUGAAUCAGAACCAGUACCUAGUUCUGAACCAGAACCUGUUUCUGAGCCAGAACCUAAUUCUGAACCAGAACCUAGUUCUGAACCAGAACCAACUUCUGAGCCCCAACCCGAUGCCAAUUCGCAUUUCAUUCCUCACAUUAUUGAGACAACCGUACGAAAUUUUGAGGAGUUGAAAGAAACCACGGCUGAACCAGCAGCAGAACCAAUACCUUCAGCAGAACCGACAGCAGAACCAGCAGCAGAACCAGCAGCAGAACCAACAGCAGAACCAACAGCAGAACCAGCAGCUGAUCCGACUGCAGAACUGGCAGCAAAACCAACACAUAAACCAGUAGCAGAACCGGCAACGGAACCCGCAGCAGGACCAACAGCAGAACCAGCAGCUGAACCAACAGCCGAACCAGCAGCUGAACCAGCAGCUGAACCAGCAGCUGAACCAACAGCCGAACCAGCAGUUGAACCAGCAGCUGAACCAGCAGCUGAACCAGCAGCCGAACCAGCAGCUGAACCAGCAGCCGAACCAGCAGCUGAACCAACAGCCGAACCAUCAGCCGAACCCACAGCCGAACCAACAGCCGAACCAACAACCGAACCAGCAGCCGAACCAGCAGCUGAACCAGCAGCCGAACCAGCAGCCGAACCAGCAGCUGAACCAGCAGCCGAACCAGCAGCUGAACCAGCAGCCGAACCAGCAGCCGGACCAACUGCCGAACCAACAGCCGAACCAGCAGCCGAACCAGCAGCAGAGCCUACUGCUGAACCUACUGCAGAGGCAACGAAUGAACCUUCUGUCGAUUCAGAGCACAAAGGAGACUCGAAGACUGAAUAUGUUGCUGAACCAACAUCGGCACCCUCAGCAGAACCAACAACUACACCUACAGUGAAAUCAAAUAUAGAAUUGGAGGGUUCAGGCAAGACAAUAGAAGCAGAACCAACACCCGAACCUACUUCUGAACAUUUAACAGAAUCUUACCCCCUUCUAAAAUCAAACCAAGAUUCGGUAUCAGAUCCUGCGGUUGAAACUGGAAGGCAAUUCAUAUCUGAAAAUAUUGGAGUUGCGAUGACAGAAUCAGAAACUAUGUCGGAGCCAACUAUAGAACCGAUACCAGAAGAUGCUGCAAAUGAACACAACGAAAUCAUUGAUGAAAACAAAACAGAAUACACCACAAUAGCGUCAGAGGAAUCAUCAGAACCAUCCUUCACUGAGCCAAUUGUUACCAAGAAAACAAGUUCAAAUGCAAGGUUACUUUCAGAACCAGUUGAACCAAAUACUGAAAUGACUACCCAAACUGCAACAGAAUCUGCUACGAUGCCAGGUGAAGAAUCGACUGAAAAAAUUUUGCAAUCAAUGGUAGCAGAGAUUGACAAAGUCACUACUAUCGAAUCCCUUCCUGAAAAAGUAACAAUUUCUCCCGCAGACAGUUCCAGCAAUUCUGAAAAAUUAACAUCUAACGAAUCGACAACAGAAUACGAUGCAAAAACUGCAAUUCCAACCACUACACAAGAAUUAAUCGGCAAAACUGAGGAGCCACUGGAAAUGAGUGAAAAUAAUGAGAAAGAGCAGGAUUCGGAAAACACUGGUGAAUUUCUGACAAUCACUCAAACCUCAACCCCCUCCCAAUCCAUCCAGUCUAUCACUACGGAACUGCCAAAAGGAAAUCAAGAUGUAGAAAACACCACUGCGUUCAACAGCCUGGAAGAAGCUGCUGUUACUAUAAACCCACAAAUUUUCGUCCACAAUGAAGUUGAAAAUAUAAACAAUAACCUGACUGUUGGUGGCGUUGAAUCAACGAAAAAAGCAGAAACGAAUGAAAAAUCGGAAAAACUAAUUGACGGUACAGAAACAAUAGAACAAAAUCAAAUUCAUAUCCAACAAAUAACGACAUCUAGAUACGUUGAGGAAGUAACUGACCCACAGAUGAUCAGGUCUCCUGAAACUCACCAAAAUAUUCUUCUGAAUGAACCACAAGAGUAUUCGAAUAACAUUGACAAUAUGUCACCAUUUCUUCCCGAGAUAGAAAAUGAUACAUUCAUCAACUCGUUGAGAUCUGAUGAGCAUUUCAUCGAUAAUUAUAUGAAUCAGAGUAACGAAGAACAUAUUUUGGUGACGACAAAAGCGCCAACGCUAGAGCAUGAUCAAAUGAAUAAAACUAAUCCAAUGGAUCCAAGCCCAACCGACACUGAAAACAUAGUUCCUGAAAGUACAACAUUAUCUGAAUAUAACAUUACAAGAACAGGAAAAGCGGAGGACAUAGAUCAUGCUCCUCUCUUCACAUCUGUUGAACAAACUACCGAGUACUUAAUGGAUUCUGUGAAUGAAAACACUAGCCUUGAGAAUUCCUCCACCAAAGAAUACGAAAACUUGACUAAAGCCGAAGAGAAUGUUCCUGAAGUGACCACAACUGAAAAGCAACAACCUUUAUCAGAAGAAGAACCUACAACGUCGUCAUCGGAAAAUGACAAAGAUGAACAUGAUACGACAAUCGCAGCAACUACAUACAGAGACUCGAAUGAUUUAGCUAGUAGCACCGAAGAUUUGAUUGCAAUGGAAACUACCACAAACGGCUUGAAAGCGUCUCCAGAAAAUAUUUCCAAACUGAACGACGAACAGCAGAAACAGAAAGUUCUCCCUGAAAGUUCAAUAACCAAUGAAAAAAACAGUGAUUACCAAAGUUAUGCUGUACAAGAAGAGUUUGUGGACUCAACAACUACCUCAAAAUUAUUUGUGACUAAAUCAACGACAGUGCUUCCGAUGAACGCGUCAGAAAAUGACUCCAAAACUUCUAAUGACAUUUUCCAAGCCACCCCUAUAAACUCAGAGAACAAAUCUCAAGAAAAACAAAUAGAAACAACAGUGGGUUAUCAAAUGGAUAAAUUAGGAAAAAGCCUCUUCGAUUCGCGUUACGUAGACAAUUCUGAGACAGGCCUCAACGACGAUACCAAAGAGGCAAACACUGAUGUCAAACCAGUUACUGAAGGGUUUACUUUGAUAAGUUUUUCAAGGUGUGAAGCCAAUCAAUUCAAAUGUGAAAAUGGUACUUCUCGAUCGGAUGGAAGUUAUUGUAUUCCUAUUGGUGAUAGAUGUGAUUCAGUUGAAGACUGUACAGAUGGUUCAGAUGAAGUCAAUUGUAUGGAAGAAGGGUGCCCAAACAACUUCCAAUGUAAAAGCGGACAAUGCCUGAAGAGACACUUGGUUUGUGAUGGUAUAGAGAACUGCAAUGAUGGAAGUGAUGAAAUCAAUUGUGAAUCAUGGAAAUGCUCAGAUGACGAAUUCACUUGCGGAAACAACGACCGUUGUAUACCUUUAAGAUGGGUCUGUGAUGGAAGAUCUCAAUGCCGAGAUGGAUCAGAUGAACAUCAUUGUAACGUGACAAAAUGCUCUGAUGACGAAUUUAACUGUGCUCAGCAGGAUAGCUGUGUACCGAAGUCUUGGAGAUGUGACGGGAAAUCUGACUGUAUGAGUUCCGAAGACGAAACGAAUUGUGAAUGUACUAAGGACGAGUUCAAAUGUAGAAUCGGAGGCGGUUGCGUAAGUCUUAAGGCAGUAUGCGACGGAAUCACAAACUGUGGCGAUAGAUCUGACGAAUGGAAUUGUCUUUCCCUGCAAGAAACAACUUCCGCUCUUAAAGCUAACGUCGGAAAUGAAUCGGCAAUGAUCUGCUCAGAUAAUUGGGACUCUAGUCAUUCAGAUAUGGCUUGUCACAUGAUGGGUUACUUAGGUUCCACCCAUUAUGCAGAAAUCGAGAGACCGGCAGAUAUAACGAAUGUUUUGAAAAUCGCGGAGAACAUAACUUCUGGUACUUCACUGCUCUCGCAACUAGAAAAUGUCAGCUCAUGCGAGAGGGUUGUGACCCUAACAUGUCAAAAAUAUGAAUGUGGUUCAUUCGAGAAUAUUACGGAAACAUCUGUAGCGCACUCGACAAACCAGACAUCUGAAUGGCCUAGUUUGGCACUUCUUUACAGCAACAAACAGAAUAUUUAUUGUACCGGAUCUGUAGUAGCACCCUCCUGGGUAGUCGCCAGCUAUUCUUGUCUGUUAGGAUCAAUGAGUCAAGGAAAAUUAUCCCCUGUCGAUUGGAUUUUGAGAAUUGGCAACCAGCAGAGAACCAUUGGAAAUAUUAUUGAGCACCCUAAGGUCAAGUACACCAACUUCUAUUACACUAACGAUAUCGCACUCCUCAAACUGAAUCAACAACUUCCUUCAACUGUUCAAUCAGUAUGUCUUCCUGAAGAAAAGCUAGAGGAUACUCAGACUUGUGUGGUGGCAGGAUGGAAGAAGAUUAUCCCAGGAGACUCUACACAAGAACAAUAUCUGGACAAUGUGUCUAAGCCUCUCACUAGUAUACAAGAAUGCAAUUCUACAAAACAUUACAAUGGUAUGAUGGGCGCCAAUGAAAUCUGCAUCGAAUCAAAUGAUGCCGAUGGUUCGCUAUGCCGCGACGACGUCGGAGCGCCUUUAAUGUGUAUUUCAGAAGUGAAAAAGAUGUGGCAAAUACAAGGCUUACUUAGCCAUACAAACAAAUGCACAACUCAAAGCCACCCACCAGUGUUCACAUCCAUGAAUAAAGAACUAACGGAGUGGAUUAGAAACACGAUAGGCCAAGCAAUAUGAAGAGACUUUUCUGCUCUAAUUGUGAUUGUAAAUUAAAAUUUAUUCUAUUAUGUUCGGAAUGAUAUAUUGGAGAAUUCGCAAAAAAGUGAACGAUACACUAUGGAUGUUAAAAAAGACGAACAGUGGUACCAAAAAAUGGUUUUUAUAGCAUCGAGGGUAUAUCAUAAUCACUUCAAUCCAGAAAUUAAAAUUCAAUGUUCCUAUUGAACAAAUGAUGAAAUCUUUCAUGAUUGUGAUUUUUAUUUAUAUAAUAGCAUUGAACAAAAACUGAGGUAAAGUAAAAAAAGCAUAAGGCAAUGAAACUUAGUAUACAGCACACUGUAUCACCUACAACAGAGAUGAUAUUGUGUAGGUAAUGAUGAUUCAACAGCAAACCUAAACAUUUUGGAUAUCCAUAUUUCUGUUUGAGCGGCAGAUUUGUAAAUUUUUUAAAUCAAUGUUGCAACAAUGGAUCAAGUCCAUAUUGUACUGAUGAACAAUGUAACCAAUUUAAUAUGUUUUAUGUUGAAUUCUUUUUAGUAUUAUACCCAUACAAAUCAAUAUGAAUGAUAAAAUAUAUUUUUUAAUAAGGCUUUUGUAUAUAAUGUAUGAUAUUUUAGUUUCUUCGAAUGUUAUUAUUGAAAUGUAAUGUUAUCCGUCCAAAAAUAUGGAUUUAUUAUUCUUGUUUUUAUUUCGCUAGUCACAUAUUUUUCUGUGCCAAUACAAAAUAAGUGACGGUGUUUGACCAUGUAAAUAUUUAGUAGAUACUAAUAAAAAUUUUACCGAAACUA